AUGGGAAUUUGUGGCCAUUUGGCGGUGCCCGGAAAAAGCCUUGUGGUCCUCGGACUUAAAUUGUUAUUCCUUGUACCUGCAGGAGUUCCAGCCAGGAGCGGGGAUUCUGUAUUAAAGGACAACAUCACCGUCAGACAGGGGGACAGCGCCGUCUUAAAAUGCAACGUGGACAGUAAAGUAUCCCGAGUGGCAUGGCUCAAUCGAACCACCAUUCUGUUCGCAGGAACUGAGAAGUGGUCCCUGGACCCCCGCGUCAUCCUGAUGGAAAACACAGCCGUCACAGAGUACAGCAUCAAGAUCCAAAAUGUUGACAUCCACGACGAGGGGCCCUACGUCUGCUCCAUCCUCACAAACAAGAAACCAAAAUCCACAAAAGUGCAUCUCAUCGUUCAAGUACCCGCCAGGAUCACCAACAUAUCAAAGGACAUCACAGUGAACGAGGGCAGCAACGUUAAUCUCAUGUGUCUGGCGGUGGGUCGACCUGAGGCCAACAUCAUAUGGAAGCACCAUUCACCAAGAGGCACCCAUGCAUUUGUGACGGAGGAAGAAAACCUUGAGCUGACAACCAUCACCAAAGAGCAGUCAGGGACAUAUGAGUGUAUCGCUUCGAAUGACAUCUCGAGCCCCGAUGUCAGGACUGUGCAAGUCACCGUCAACUAUCCGCCCUUCAUUUCUAACUCGAGGAGUACAGGUACUCCAGUUGGACAGAAAGGAGUCCUGCAGUGUGAAGCCUCUGCGGUCCCGAGAGCCGAUUUUGAGUGGUACAAAGAAGACCGCAGGCUCUUCCAUGGCCUAAAUGGGGUUAAGAUUGAGAAUCAAGGUAAACAGUCAAUGCUCGUCUUUUUCAACGUCUCAGAAGAGGACUAUGGAAACUACACCUGCGUUGCCAUGAACACCAUGGGAAUCACUAAUGCAAGCAUAAUCCUUUAUGGUCCCAGUGCAAUCCAUGAUGUGAACGGUGCUGCAGUGUUGCCCGGUCGCUCCGUUUGCCUCCUGCUGACUGUCACCUUACUCCACCUGCUGAAGUUCUGA